UAAAUGGUAGGCAAUUUCUCUGACCAUUAUGAGGAAAAUCUGAAUCAUUAUCGGCCUUGUUUAUUGCUCAUUUUAUGUUUAUAUCCAGAUAAUGACGCCGUCAGUACCGCGAUCUGCCAAAUGCAUGACAGCUACGCGAACAGAUUUCCUGCGUCUGAUGAGCGCAUGAUUGUAUAUGCAGACUGCUGUCACCUCGCCGUCCUUCCGCGACGACACUCGCCGUGUCGCGUUAUUUGCUGCGCUAGCUGUCACAACAGCUCCUGCUCGCCGCUGAACGUCCAAUCUUUUUUUGGUGCAUGGUUUUUGACAAAAUAAUAACGAAAGCGAUACCAGUGCUGGCGUACAAAAGUAAUUAAUAAAUAAAUAAAUGAAACCGUUUCCUCUGCGGCUGCCAUCUUCGAGGGCACUUUGGCUGGGCUGCUGGGGAAGUGCCCGUAUUUGGUAGAUGAGGAUCGCAGGGUGCCGUGAGCAGUCGGAUGUGAGACGGGGAGCGGGCUGCCAUGGAGGCGAUCGGCGUCUCCUUCAGCAACCCCCUGGAUGACUACGAGCUGGUGCAGCGCAUCGGUAGCGGCACCUACGGCGACGUUUUUAAGGCACGAAACAUCAAGACAUCAGUGAUCGCAGCUGUCAAAAUUGUCAAGCUAGACCCAGGCGACGACAUCUCGUCCAUCCAGCAGGAGAUCACUAUGAUCAAGGAGUGUGCACACAAGAACAUUGUGGCGUACCACGGCAGCUACCUCAGGAAUAACAAGCUGUGGAUUUGCAUGGAGUACUGCGGGGGGGGAUCGCUGCAAGACAUCUACCACAUUACAGGCCCGCUGAAGGAGAGGCAGAUAGCCUUCGUCUGCCGGGAAACUCUCCAGGGCCUCAACCACCUGCACAAAGCAGGCAAGAUGCACAGAGACAUUAAGGGAGCCAACAUCCUUCUGACUGAGCGGGGAGAUGUCAAACUGGGUCAGUUCAAACCUGCACGGAUUUCGGGGGUGGCGGCUGAGAUCAAUGCCUCGGUGGCUAAGAGGAAGUCUUUUAUCGGGACGCCUUACUGGAUGGCGCCAGAAGUGGCCGCCGUAGAGAAGAAAGGCGGAUACAACCAGCUGUGUGACAUCUGGGCGGUGGGCAUCACCGGCAUCGAGCUGGCGGAGCUGCAGCCGCCCAUGUUUGACCUGCACCCCAUGAGGGCCCUGAUGCUGAUGUCCAAGAGCAGCUUCCAGCCCCCCAAGCUUAAAGACAAGUCCAAGUGGUCAACUGAUUUCCACAGUUUCAUCAAAGCGUCUCUAACCAAGAACCCCCGUAAGAGGCCCACGGCCGAGAAACUGCUGCAGCACGCUUUCAUGACGCAGCUGUUGACACGCACGCUGGUCAUUGAGCUACUGGACAUGGCCAGCAACCCCGACAUCCACCCCUCUCACGGUCUGGACGAGAGCGACCUGGAGACGUGUGAUGCCUUCCCCGAUAAGAUCCCAUCCCUGGGCAGACAGCCCUCCAUACAGCGCACCGUGUCUGAGGAGCAGUUUGAACAGGUGAAGUUCACCCCCCCCAUGAGGAAGGAGACUGAGCCCUGUCCUGACCUGGGCUCCUACGAUGACUGGAGCAUCUCACCAGAUGAGAAGAACUCUCCGAGUCUGCUGGAAUGUGUAGAGGAGGCUUUGCUGGAGAGGAGUCUAACGAUAAAGCGAUCGCCCUCUACUGAGAGUCCCGAGGAGGCCGACAAAUGCGGGACGGUUCGGAGGUGUCCCGCUCUCAGCCCCUCCACAGAGUCCAAACCCUCCCCCUUGUCCACCCUUAAGUCUUCGUGUCCUGGCCUGGAGGACAUGGACGUGGAUGGAUUCUGGAGUAACUCCGCCCUCUGCCUGGACUCCGCCCUCUCCGACUCCAUCACCGACAGCUUGCCAGGGGGCGCCAAAUGCGAGGAGAUGGUACUAGACGGGAGCCUUUCCCCCUCCCGGCAGACUCUCUCUGCAGAGUGGAGCACGCUGCGAAGAAAGCCCGAGGAGUCUCGAGCUGUCUGCCACGGACUGCCGCCGACUCCCAAAGUGCACAUGGGAGCGUGUUUCUCUAAGGUGUUUAACGGCUGUCCUCUGAAGAUCCACUGCGCCGCUACCUGGGUGCUGCCCAAGACGCGCGAUCAGUAUCUCAUCCUGGGAGCGGAGGAGGGCAUCUACACCCUGAACCUGAACGAGCUCCACGAGGACACCUUGGAGAAGUUACUCCCGCAGAGGUGUACUUGGUUGUAUGUGAUGAACAGCGUCCUCAUGUCCGUCUCAGGGAAGUCCUCCCAGCUGUACUCCCACAGCCUGACCGUGCUGUUCGAGAACCGAACCAAUCAGCAGAAGCGGCAGGGUCACCUGUCCAUCAGCACCAACCGCCUGUCGCAGAGGAUUCACGCCAGGAAGUUUGCCGUCUCCGUGAAGAUCCCGGACACCAAAGGCUGCCGGAGGUGCAGUGUGGUGCGUAACCCCUACACGGAGAGCACCUUCCUGUGCGGCGCGCUGCCCUCCGGCCUGGUCCUGCUGCUGUGGUAUGAACCUCUGCAGAAGUUCAUGCAGCUGAAGCACCUUGCAGUGUCUCUCCCAGAGUCCCUCCCCAUCUUCGAGCUCCUGGUCGUGGAGACAGAUGAGCUCCCCUGGCUGUGUGUGGGCCUGAAGGAACAUUCCGGAAGCGGCGACGAGCCGCUGCAGUUUGACAUCGUGCACCUGAACAGAGACCCUGGCGUCCAGCUGGACAGCGCCCCCCUGAUGGUGGCCCAGGUGACGCAGCUGGACAGAGACUCGGUCCUCAUCGCGCUGGAAAAGACGGUGCGCAUCGUUAACCUGCAGGGGAAUCCGAGCACGGGGUUCACCUCGGAGCUGACCUUCCCGUUCUCCAUCGACACCCUGGUGUGUCUGCAGGACAGCGUGCUGGCUUUCUGGAAGCACGGCCUCCAGGGAAGAAGCCUGCAGAGCAACGAGAUAACCCAGGAGAUCACGGACGAGAGCCACGCUUUCCGAGUCCUGGGAACAAACAGGGACAUCAUCCUGCAGAGUACCCCCACAGAGAACCCCUCUGCCAUGAGCAACUUGUACAUCUUGACUGGCCACGAGAGCAGCUGCUAGGGGGGGGCCCUCCUGAGGGAACACACUACUGGACAGCUCCAGCCUUCCAUCCUCCUAAAGUGAGGACUCAACCUGGGGAAAUGAGCACACAGCCGGAGAGGAGAUCCGCCUGUUUCGAAGCCUCCGGCUUGCGAGGACGGCCAUUAGCGCUUAGCGGUGCUUUCGAAGGAGGGCUGGUUUACGGUCCAGGAUCUCAAAUCUCCUCUGAAGGUUUAGCUGGUCGGGUUUGACCCCCCCCCCCCCCCCCAAGUAGGAGGAGGAGGAGCCCAUGACGUUACGCUGCGACAUGAGCAGGAAAUGAGGAGAUAAGCUGGAGAGGGCCGCCAGUGCAGGGCUGUGGGGGGGGGGGGGGAGGGCAGCAGCAAGGGAGCACAGCCGAUGCGAGGGGGGGGGCAGCUGUUAACCUUGGGUGCUACUCCAAACAGAACGUAUUUUAAAGCACAUUUUUUAAAUAAACAUCGUUUUCUGAUAAAAGCGAAACAAAUAAAUACUUCAGAAUGAACUGGUUCAGGUAUUUCUGGUUGGUUUUAAGAUUUUAGAUAUGCAGUAUAAGCAGUUCUAAUAGGCCAGUUCUUAUCUGGGAUUUAGGUAAGAAUGAAAUCAUUCCUUUUUAUAUAAACAAGGCUUUAAAAACAAGUAUGGUUGCCAAACUAAGGUCAGUAUCAUUACUGAGCUAUAAGGGGAUUCAAAAAUCCCAAACUUUUGCUGCAAUUAGCCAGCAGUUUAUCAAAUGCAGUUCACUGUAGGGUUUCUAUUUUAAUUCUAGUCUUUGUCAGAGUAAGACAGUGGAUUGAAUAUGAAGUAUUAUCUUUAGGACAGAUCAUUGUUCAUUUGCACAUUUAAUUCUACUUUUGUAGAGCCUGUUUUGACUGCCGUUACAUAAUGUGAAAUCAUUUGGUGUAAAAAAAUAUCUGAGAGAAAAAAAUUAUUUGCAAUGGCUGUGGGUCUUUGUACUUAAGCAAUUGAUUUGCUGAUAUUUACCAUGAAGAAAACUUUUGUAAUUAAAUAUGUAUAAAGAAGAAAGUGCAAUGCUGCCCAGGACGGCUGAUGUUUAUGGAGGGUAUAGAGCCGAUGUGACUCUGGGUGGCUGGCUGGUCUCGGGGCUCUGCUCUGGGUUUCAGGAAAGGGUCCGGAUCUUCUGUACAGUUUGCAAUGUCGAUGCGUUGGGUGUGAACAUUCCACUUUCCUUGAGAAGGAGCAGUCCUUAUUUAAGCAUUUACCUCUGUGGCUGGUAGAUUUCUACCUGUUGGAAAGCGGACCGGGGGUGUCUUGGACAUUAUACACGUCAGACAGACUGCUCAGUAUCAUGUCAGACAGACUGCUCAGUAUCAUGUCAGACAGACGGCUCAGUAUCAUGUCAGACAGACGGCUCAGUAUCAUGUCAGACAGACGGCUCAGUAUCAUGUCAGACAGACUGCUUAGUAUCAUGUCAGACAGACUGCUCAGUAUGGCUUCAGACAGACUGCUUAGUAUCACCUCAGACAGACCGCUCAGUAUCGUGUCAGACAGACUGCUCAGUAUCGUGUCACACAGACGGCUCAGUAUGGCUUCAGACAGACUGCUCAGUAUCGUGUCAGACAGACUGCUCAGUAUGGCUUCAUACAGACUGCUUAGUAUCACAUCAGACAGACUGCUCAGUAUGGCUUCAGACAGACUGCUCAGUAUCGUGUCAGACAGACUGCUCAGUAUGGCUUCAUACAGACUGCUUAGUAUCACAUCAGACAGACUGCUCAGUAUGGCUUCAGACAGACUACUCAGUAUGGCUUCAGACAGACUGCUUAGUAUCACAUCAGACAGACUGCUCAGUAUGGCUUCAGACAGACUACUCAGUAUCGUGUCAGACAGACUGCUUAGUAUCACGUCAGACAGACUGCUCAGUAUCGUGUCAGACAGACUGCUCAGUAUGGCUUCAGACAGACUGCUUAGUAUCACCUCAGACAGACUGCUCAGUAUGGCUUCAGACAGACUGCUCAGUAUCGUGUCACACAGACGGCUCAGUAUGGCUUCAGACAGACUGCUCAGUAUCGUGUCAGACAGACUGCUCAGUAUGGCUUCAUACAGACUGCUUAGUAUCACAUCAGACAGACUGCUCAGUAUGGCUUCAGACAGACUGCUCAGUAUCGUGUCAGACAGACUGCUCAGUAUGGCUUCAUACAGACUGCUUAGUAUCACAUCAGACAGACUGCUCAGUAUGGCUUCAGACAGACUACUCAGUAUGGCUUCAGACAGACUGCUUAGUAUCACAUCAGACAGACUGCUCAGUAUGGCUUCAGACAGACUACUCAGUAUCGUGUCAGACAGACUGCUUAGUAUCACGUCAGACAGACUGCUCAGUAUGGUUUCAGACAGACUGCUCAGUAUCGUGUCAGACAGACUGCUCAGUAUGGCUUCAGACAGACUGCUUAGUAUCACCUCAGACAGACUGCUCAGUAUGGCUUCAGACAGACUACUCAGUAUCGUGUCAGCCAGACUGCUUAGUAUCACCUCAGACAGACUGCUCAGUAUGGCUUCAGACAGACUACUCAGUAUCGUGUCAGACAGACUGCUUAGUAUCACCUCAGACAGACUGCUCAGUAUCGUGUCAGACAGACUGCUUAGUAUCACAUCAGACAGACUGCUCAGUAUGGCUUCAGACAGACUACUCAGUAUCGUGUCAGACAGACUGCUUAGUAUCACGUCAGACAGACUGCUCAGUAUGGUUUCAGACAGACUGCUCAGUAUCAUGUCACACAGACUGCUCAGUAUGGCUUCAGACAGACUACUCAGUAUCGUGUCAGACAGACUGCUCAGUAUCGUGUCAGACAGACUGCUCAGUAUCGUGUCAGACAGACUGCUUAGUAUCACAUCAGACAGACUGCUCAGUAUGGCUUCAGACAGACUACUCAGUAUCGUGUCAGACAGACUGCUUAGUAUGGCUUCAGACAGACUGCUCAGUAUCGUGUCAGACAGACUGCUCAGUAUGGCUUCAGACAGACUGCUUAGUAUCACCUCAGACUGCUCAGUAUGGCUUCAGACAGACUGCUCAGUAUGGCUUCAGACAGACUGCUCAGUAUGGCUUCAGACAGACUGCUCAGUAUCGUGUCAGACAGACUGCUCAGUAUGGCUUCAGACAGACUGCUCAGUAUGGUUUCAGACAGAUUGCUCAGUAUUGUGUCAGACAGACGGCUCAGUAUCACGUAAAGCCUGAUCUUGCAAUCAUUUUCCUGAUGGCUAAUAAAUGCUUUGAGAAGACAA